AUGCAAGGAUUCUCAAUAGGGAACUACACCCAGAAGAAGAUGGAGCAGGUUAUAUCAGACACUGGGACAUCGUGGAUUGGAGCUCCAAAAGGAGUUGUCGCUGCCAUAGCACAGGAAAUUAACGCAAAAUACGAUCCCGUUAAUGAACUCCUUACCGUCCCCUGUUCAACGAUGUGGACUCAACCAGAUUUGGUCUUUACCAUUAACGGCAUCAGUUACAACGUCCCCUCUGUUCAAUAUAUUCUUGACAUCGAACUUGGGAACGACAAGUGUGCAAUAACCUUCUUCACUAUGGACUCUGUCGGUUUUGGGCCCGCUUGGAUCCUUGGCGACACGUGGAUUCGUACAUAUUGCAAUAUCCACGAUAUUGGACAGAAAAGAAUAGGAUUUUCGAAUGCUAUUCAUACUGAGUUGCAGUGA